CAUAUAAAUCAGUUGUUAAAUAUUAGCAAGUUUAAAGAAGACGAUGAUAACGACUACAUUGACUAACCUUUACAAAAUACGACCCGCAAACAUUAAACCUUCAAAACCCAACACAAAUUCAUAACUGGUUAGAGGAAUUUACAUACAUUUGGGGUUGCCUGCAUCGACCCAAAGUUCACGCUAGCAAAAGGCAUAAAAAUAUAUUUUGUUUUAUUCACGGAAAGAACAUUUCAAAAAAAUAAUUCUGAGACCGGCAUUCCUCUGUUUUGGUUUUUAGUUAUUCAUUCUGAUAGUUGGGUGUUUUUUGUUGUUGUUUUGUGAGCAGAUGAUGAUGAAUCUCGGUGGUUUAUGAAUAGUUAUGGACUGGUUGGUAUCCUUGCUUAAUGCUGCUGCUUUCUGCUCAAUUCUGGUGCUUAAUCACUUCUCAGCUGUUUCUGCUAAUGCUGAAGGCGAUGCUUUGACUGCACUGAAGAACAACUUACACGAUCCAAACAAUGUUCUGGGAAAUUGGAAUGCAACCCUUGCGAAUCCUUGUGAUUGGUUUCAUGUUACUUGCAACAACGAGAAAAGUGUUACAAGAGUAGAUCUUGGAAACGUAAACUUAUCUGGUCAACUGGUUUCCCAGCUUGAUCAGCUUCCAAACUUGCAAUACUUGGAAGUCUAUAGUAACAACAUAAGCGGAAGAAUUCCUGCCGAGCUUGGGAACUUAACAAAUUUAGUCAGCUUGGAUCUUUACCUAAACAAUUUAAAUGGUCCAAUUCCAGACUCCUUGAAGAGGCUUCAGAAAUUACGUUUUUUGAGGCUGAACAACAACAAUUUGUCAGGAACUAUUCCUUAUUCUUUGACUACAAUCUUGUCACUUCAAGUCAUUGAUUUUUCAAACAAUAGUUUAACAGGAGCAGCUCCGAGCAAUGGAUCAUUUGCUAUAUUCACAUCAAUCAGUUUUGCUGGUAAUCAACUGGAUGCUCCUGUAGGUUCUCCUCCACCUCCACUUCCUUCAUCACCUCCGCUUCCUCCAUCAGGACCAUCACCUCCAGCUUCUCAAGGUUCAGCAACUGGAGCUAUUGCUAGUGGAGUUGCUGUGGGUGCUGCUUUGCUGUUGGCUGGUCCUGUGAUUGCACUUCUAUGGUGGAGAAGAAAGAAGUUGCAAGAUCAUUUCUUUGAUGUACCAGCUGAAGAAGAUCCAAAUGUUCAUCUUGAACAACUCAAGCGGUUCUCUUUGCAUGAACUGCAAGUUGCAACAGAUAUAUUUAGUAGAAAAAAUUUUGUGGGUAAAGGUGGUUUUUGCAAAGUUUAUAAAGGACGCUUGGCUGAUGGGACUCCAGUGGCUGUGAAAAGACUUAAAGAUGAGCGGACGCAAGGAGGGGAAUUGCAAUUUCAAACAGAAGUUGAGAUGAUUAGCAUGGCUGUUCACCGAAAUGUACUGCUCCCAAGAGGCUUUUGUAUGACACCAUCCGAGCGUUUGCUUGUUUAUCCAUAUAUGUCUAAUGGAAGUGUUGCAUCGUGUUUAAGAGAGAGAAGUGAGUCACAGCCUCCACUAGAUUGGCCAGUAAGGCAGAAAAUUGCACUUGGAUCUGCGAGAGGACUUGCUUAUCUGCAUGAUCAUUGUGACCCUAAAAUCAUUCACCGUGAUGUCAAAGCUGCAAAUAUUUUAUUGGAUGAAGAGUUUGAAGCAGUUGUUGGGGACUUUGGGCUGUCUAAACUCAUGGACUACAAGAAUACUCAUAUCACUACUGCUGUACGAGGCACUAUCGGACACAUUGCUCCUGAGUACCUAUCUACAGGAAAGUCUUCAGAGAAGACUGAUUGUUAUGGCUACGGAGUUAUGCUGCUUGAGCUCAUUACAGGUCAAAGGGCUGUUGAUCUUGCUCGGCUUGCCAACGACAAUGAUGUCAUGUUGCUUGAAUGGGUGAAAGUACUUCUGAAAGACAAAAAGCUCGAAUUGUUGGUUGACGCAGAUCUGCAGGGUAACUAUGUUAAUGAGCAGGUGGAAGAGUUAAUUCAGGUAGCUUUACUUUGCACACAAAAUUCGCCAACUGAACGUCCCAAAAUGACAGAAGUUGUUAGAAUGCUUGAAGGUAAUGGGUUGGCUGAGAGGUGGGAAGAAUGGCGGGAGGAGAUUUUCAGUCAAGAGUUCAUCAACACACACAAUGCGGAUACUAAUUGGAUCAUUCCUGAUUCCACUUGCAAAAUUUAUCCGGAUGAAUUAUCUGGACCCAGAUAAGAGUUUUGUUUAUCUUUUAGCCUUUGUAAGCUAGCUCAAGCUGUACCGACAUUUUAAAGUAUCAGUUAUAGAGCAUUGUUGGUUGAG